AUGGAGAUCAACGAUGGUCAAGAGGACGUGGAGAGCGACGCUGGCCAAGACGCCCAGAUCGACGACCAGGGCUACGAAUGCGGCAUCCACGACGCCCACGACGACCACACGUUUGCGGGGCAGCUCAUCACGCUCAACGUUGACAGUGAGCAGCACAACAGUGACAUCCAGCACGACAACUGCGACGCCCGCGAAAGCCUCGAUACCCACGACCAAGACGCCCACGGCUCCCUCGGCACCCACGCCAGCCACGACAUCCACGAUGUCGAUGAUGAGCAAGGCGAUCACGACGUCCACGACCAUCAAGAUGACAAGGAUCAGAACGCCCACGACGAGCACAUCCACCACGAGCGCAUCAUCGUCAUCAUCGCCUCGAGUGCCACCGCCAGGCGAGGAUGGGCUGGCAUCCCCCAGAGUACCGCCCGCAUGGGCCACGACUGGGAGUGCCACCUUGAGAAGCAGCAGCGUGAGCACCACGUGCUGCAGCGCCAGGACAUGACUACUACUUCGUCGACGGCUACUGCCAUCUCCCACAGGUUCCUGCUAGGACUCGGCCGCAGGUGCGGCGGGCGGCUGUGCUAUCUGGGGGUCAAUGACGUGGCGCGGUGCUGCACGGCAGGGCCGCGCCGAGGGUCCGCGUCCGAGGAGAGGCCCCGGCGCGCGCGGGAAGCGAAGGUCGCGAAGAGGCAGUGGCUCGCCGAGAGGAUGGAGCUGGAGCGCCAGCUGGAGGACGCCCGGCGGGGCGCGGAAAGCCUGGCCAUGCAGGCCAGCCGGGAGAAGGCUACGCUGGUGGACUCGGAACGGGCCCUCAGGGAGCAGAUGAAGAUUCUGAAGGAGCGGCUCGAGACCUCCGUGGCCGAGUCCCGCCGGCAUGCGCAGGCGGACACCGGCGCCAGCGCCAGCGCGGAGCUGUCCAGCCUGAGGGACGCGGUCAUGUCCAUGAUGACCGAGGUCAGGGGCGCGGGCAUGGAGAAGAGGCAGCUCGAGCUUAAGGCUGAGCACGAGAAGCAGCUCAUCGGCCUCGAGCGCAAGUUCCAGCGGCAACUCAUGGAGGCCCGCCGCAAGAACGAGAGCCUCAUCCAGAACCUGCAGCAAACCUAUGAGGACGAGGUCGAGGAGCUGAAGUCGCACCGCAGUGACAUUAUCGGCCGGAGCAAGGACCUCGAGCGGGAGCUGGAGCGGGCGCGCGGCGAGGCCGAGGUGCUGCGGCAGAAGCUGCACGCCGCGGAGAGCGAGCAGGCCCUCCAGAAGCGCUUCGUGGAGAACGCCCAGCGGCAGCGGGGGGCCCGGCCCUGCCCGCCCCCCCCCCCGGGCUGGGAGGCUCCCGGAGCCCGCCGGGCGGCUCGGGCAGCGCCCAGGUGGGGUCCCCACUGUGGGAGAGUCGGAAGUCCGACGCGAUCGCCCAGGCCCGCCUCUCACCCUCGGGGGUGCCCCGGCAGGGGCGGCAAGGAGCUGCAGGGCGUACGCGAGGAGCUGAGCGCCCUCACCGGCGCCGUCGACACCUCCCCCGCCAAGCGCCCGGGAGGGGCGCCGCCGAAAGCCCUGGAGGGCUCGGCGCGCGGCGAUGGCGUGGCGAAAUUCCCCGGGACCUUCGGGUGCAGGGCGGGGAUCGCGGGUGUCUGA